UAACUUUGUCAGCUAACGUUUGUUAUAUACAUAUCGAAAAUGGUUCUUUCCGGAAAAUAUACUGUUAUUGAUGAAGAUAACUUUCAAAAUUAUAUCAAAGCAGUCGGGUUCAAUGGUCAGUAUCUGAAAUAUACAAUUGAGUUUCAUCAAGAUGGCGAUAAAGUCAAAAUUAACGAAUUUUAUGGCGAGAAAUCUCCCAGCGAGGUUAUCAUAGGGGGAGAAGUCGAGGAAAUGAGUAUAACAGGAAGUAAAGUUAAGGCCAUGGAGUACCAUAAACCAGCAUAUCAAUGUGUUAUAGACCUGAUGAAGGCUUUUGAUCGCAUCCAAGUCGAAGACGUCUUACACCUACUGUAUAAAAAAAACAUACCAAUCAAUAUUAUACAAACCAUCGAAAACAUCUACUUCCAUAAUCGAAUACAGGCAAAGAUAAAUGAAAAACUAACACCCUGUAUAUCAGUACAAACAUACGGAGUCAGACAAGGUGACUCGUUAAGCCCACUUUUCUUUAAUAUAAUAAUGGACGAAAUAAUAAAAAAAAAUACGUAA